UGUCUACUCUUUUAGAUCUGUAUUUAAUUAUUAAUUUAUGUUUUCUGUUCUCAGAUUCUCUCAUGAUUCCGUUUUUUAUUUGUUUUGUUCUUUGAAGGUUACCGGUAUCUGAAGAAUAGGCAAAAUGGUUUCCUUUGAAAUGAACGAUCGAAAAAAAAUUGGGCUGGGAUUAACGGGAUUUGGCAUAUUUUUCUCAUUUCUGGGAAUUAUUUUCUUUUUCGACAAGGGCUUGCUUGCCAUGGGAAAUAUCCUUUUCAUAUCAGGAGUGUCCUUAACCAUUGGUCUGAAGUCCACCAUGCAGUUUUUCAUGAAACCUCAAAAUUUUAAGGGAACAAUUUCUUUUGGUGUCGGCUUCUUUUUUGUCGUCAUUGGGUGGCCUAUCAUUGGCAUGAUAUUAGAAACUUAUGGAUUUGUUGUACUCUUCAGUGGUUUUUGGCCGACACUGGCAGUGUUUCUGCAGAGGAUACCCCUUCUUGGUUGGGUGUUCCAGCAACCAUAUGUCAGAUCGGUAUGUUCAGUUUCAAAUUCAAGUAAAUUUUCUUUUUAAAUCACCAACCGUCUUGUGGGCGUGCAUGCUUGCAAUCUA